AUGGAUGGCCCGUACUAUGUUCAAAUUCUUCAAGAUCAUCUCAUUCGCAAUGCUAGAAAGCAAUUUGGCGGACGAUGGGGACUACAACAGGAUAAUGAUUCGAAGCAUAGAAGUCGAGUGGCUCAGCAAUUCAUGUCGAAAGAAGUGCCUGAAAUGCUCAACUGGUCAUCAAAUAGCCCGGAUGCUAAUCCAGUGGAAAACCUCUGGCCUAUCAUCAAGCGUCGUGUCGAGAAACGAAAAGCAACAAAUCUUCGAGAAUUAGAUCUAUUUUUGCAUCAAGAAUGGACCAAAACUGACAUGUCCGUCCUAAAUCAUUUGGUAAAUCCCAUGAAAUCACGAUGUUUAGCUCUGGUUGAAACGAAAGGAGAAAGAAUCAACUAUUAA